AUGCGUCGUGCUAGGGUGAUAGGGUUUGAAAUCAAGCUUUGGGGCCCCUACCCUGCCCUUCUUAAUGGAGAGUCACUCCGUUCAGUCGACGGCAUGGCAUAUGAAAUCUUGUCGCAGACAGAACUUGAUCGACUCGAAGCCUAUGAGACGGACAAAUACCAGCUAAUACCUUGCUUUAGUGACCUUUUGAAUGAUGACGAUAGCGUCGAAAAGACUAUUGAAGGGGUUGCUUUCAUGCGGGACGGGAAACAGGAUGAACUACGAGAAGGCACAUUCGACUUGAAGCAAUGGAAAAAAGAGAAGCAGUUGGGAGAUUUAGAUUCGCUGCAGCAGCACUAG